UUCCCCGCCAGGAGCGCCCCCCGCGUGACCUUGGGCCGUCUCCGCGGGCCGGGCUGCCGCGGGACAGGCGGGCAGGCGGGCAGGCGGCAGGGGGCGCGGGCCGGGGCGGGGCGCGGGCGGGGGGCGCGGGCAGAGGCGGGACGCCCGCCCCCGGCACGCCCCCCGGCUCCGCCCCGCCGCUCCCCCUCCCUCGGGCUCCGGCCGGCGGCCGCGGCCGCUGCGCUCCGCACUGCCCGGCGCCGCCUCGCCAUGGACGCGCGCGGGGGCGGCGGGCGGCCCGGGGACAACCCGGCCUCGACCCCCGCGCCCCCGCCGCCGCCGCCGCCGCCCGCGCCCCCUGCGCCGCCGCCCGGCCCCGCGCUCCCCGCGGCCCCCGCGCCGCCGCCGCCGCCGCCGCCGCCGCCGCCGCCACCGCAGCCCCGCGCCGAGCCGGCCGCCCCGGAGGCUCCGGGCGAAGGCGGCCCGCGGGCCCGGCUCCGCAGCCGCGACAGCUCGGGCGGCCGCGCGGGCACCCCGGGCACCCCGGGCACCCCGGGCGCGCCCAAGGACAGCCCGAACGGCGAGUGCGGGCGCGGGGAGCCGCACUGCAGCCCCGCGGCGCCCGAGGGCCCGGCGCGCGGCCCCAAGGUGUCGUUCCCGCGCGGCGGGGCGGCGGCGGGGCCCGGGGACGAGGCGGCCAGCGAGGAGGGCCCGGCGGGCGAGGCGCGCGGCAGCCAGGCCAGCUUCAUGCAGCGCCAGUUCGGGGCCCUGCUGCAGCCCGGCGUCAACAAGUUCUCGCUGCGGAUGUUCGGCAGCCAGAAGGCUGUGGAGCGCGAGCAGGAGCGCGUCAAGUCUGCGGGGGCCUGGAUCAUACACCCCUACAGCGACUUCAGGUUCUACUGGGACUUCACCAUGCUGCUGUUCAUGGUGGGCAACCUCAUCAUCAUACCCGUGGGCAUCACCUUCUUCAAGGACGAGACCACGGCGCCGUGGAUCGUGUUCAACGUGGUAUCGGACACCUUCUUCCUGCUGGACCUGGUGCUCAACUUCCGCACGGGCAUCGUCAUCGAGGACAACACGGAGAUCAUCCUGGACCCCGAGAAGAUCAAGAAGAAGUACCUGCGCACCUGGUUCGUGGUGGACUUCGUGUCCUCCAUCCCCGUGGACUACAUCUUCCUCAUCGUGGAGAAGGGCAUCGACUCCGAGGUCUACAAGACGGCCCGCGCCCUGCGCAUCGUGCGCUUCACCAAGAUCCUCAGCCUCCUGCGGCUGCUGCGACUGUCGCGCCUCAUCCGCUACAUCCACCAGUGGGAGGAGAUCUUCCACAUGACCUACGACCUGGCGAGCGCGGUGAUGCGCAUCUGCAACCUCAUCAGCAUGAUGCUGCUGCUGUGCCACUGGGACGGCUGCCUGCAGUUCCUGGUGCCCAUGCUGCAGGACUUCCCGCCCGACUGCUGGGUGUCGCUCAACCGCAUGGUGAACCACUCGUGGAGCGAGCUGUACUCGUUCGCGCUCUUCAAGGCCAUGAGCCACAUGCUGUGCAUCGGUUACGGCCGCCAGGCGCCCGAGAGCAUGACGGACAUCUGGCUCACCAUGCUCAGCAUGAUCGUGGGCGCCACCUGCUACGCCAUGUUCAUCGGCCACGCCACCGCCCUCAUCCAGUCACUGGACUCGUCCCGGCGCCAGUACCAGGAGAAGUACAAGCAGGUGGAGCAGUACAUGUCCUUCCACAAGCUGCCCGCCGACUUCCGCCAGCGCAUCCACGACUACUACGAGCACCGCUACCAGGGCAAGAUGUUCGACGAGGACAGCAUCCUGGGCGAGCUCAGCGGGCCGCUGCGGGAGGAGAUCGUCAACUUCAACUGCCGCAAGCUGGUGGCGUCCAUGCCGCUGUUCGCCAACGCGGACCCCAACUUCGUGACGGCCAUGCUGACCAAGCUCAAGUUCGAGGUCUUCCAGCCGGGAGACUUCAUCAUCCGCGAGGGCACGAUCGGCAAGAAGAUGUACUUCAUCCAGCACGGGGUGGUCAGCGUGCUGACCAAGGGCAACAAGGAGAUGAAGCUGGCGGACGGCUCCUACUUCGGGGAGAUCUGCCUGCUGACCCGCGGUCGGCGCACGGCCAGCGUCCGGGCAGACACCUACUGCCGCCUGUACUCGCUGAGCGUGGACCACUUCAACGAGGUGCUGGAAGAGUACCCCAUGAUGCGGCGCGCCUUCGAGACGGUGGCCAUCGACCGCCUGGACCGCAUCGGCAAGAAAAACUCCAUCCUCCUGCACAAGGUGCAGCACGACCUGAGCUCCGGAGUCUUCAACAACCAGGAGAACGCCAUCAUCCAGGAGAUCGUCAAGUACGACCGCGAGAUGGUGCAACAGGCCGAGCUGGGCGCGCGGGGCCUGCUCCCGCCGCCGCCGCCGCCGGCCUCCUCCGCCAUCGCCACGCUGCAGCAGGCCGUGGCGCUCAGCUUCUGCCCGCAGGCGGCGCGCCCGCUCGUCGGGCCCCUGGCGCUCGGCUCCCCGCGGCCCCCGCUCCCCGCCGCCAGUCCCCAGGGCGCCCCGCGGACCUGCGCGCCCGGCUCCCCCGCCGCGCCCCGCGCCCCGCCGCCCGCCCCCGCCGCGCUGCCCGCCCGCCGCCUGAGCCGCGCGUCCCGCCCGCUGUCGGCCUCGCAGCCCUCGCUCCCUCACGGUGCCCCGGGGCCGCCCGCCGGGCCGCGCCCCGCCAGCAGCUCCACGCCGCGCCUGGGGCCCGCGCCCGCGCCCGCGCGCGCCGCACCCAGUCCCGACCGGCCGGAGGCGCGGCCCGACCCGCGCAGGGACUCCCCGCUGGACUCGGCGCCCGCGCGCUCGCGCCUCUCCUCCAACUUGUGACCCGGGGCCGGCGGGCGGCCCCCCAAGCCAUAGAGGCGGGACCCGCCGCCCGCCGCCCGCCGCCGAACUCGGAGUUCAAGUGCAAUAGGCCCGCGGCUUCCGCCCACCGCCCACGCAAUAACCGCCCGGCGCCCCU